AUGUUAACACAGUCGUCUGGUUGAAUGUUUAUUUAGUGUAGAAAUUAUUUAGAGGAAUAAUCAGAUAUGGGAGGUUCGAAUAGCAAGGAUGGACAUGUUAUUAAUGGUGGCAACCCUGGUACUUCAAAGACGUUACCUGAAGAACCACCAUACCCUGGACCGUCUCCAGAAUACAGAUUCAUCAAUACAGAAAUUGCUAAUACUGGUAGAUACACACUGGGCGGUGCUGGUGCUGGUAAAGAAAUUAUCUCUAGUAAUAUAGAUUCAGUAUAUCCAAUGUUUGCAGGGCAUUAUAAUGAAAACUUUCGUCUCAUGUCUUUUUAUAAGACACCAAUGAUCAGACGUGAAGGAAUGUUUUCCUCGACCAUCUUGAUUCCAUACCAGGCCAUCUUCUAUCGAUACCCACACCCAAACGAAGGCUGGCGAUUAGAGAUUGAGAAAUCAGCUAUAGAAGGAAAAGUCGAUUACAACCAUAGUUUCAUCAAUCCACAAGGUAUAUCAACAGAUUCAUCACAUUUGAUACAGUCAAUUGCAAGGCACAGUGAGCAGGGUGGCAGAUUAAUCUGUAUGGAGGAAACAGGACAGCACAUAGCUAAAGGUUUUUCAGCUGGACUUUCUGGACAUAUACCAACUGUCGGUGUGGACAUAUUUUUUGAUAUGCCAACUCAUCCUAAUCCAGAAAUCUACACCUAUCAGAUGACCACCAUACCAAUAACGGCACGCGGCAAAUUUGGCGGUGAAAUUGCUGCAGAUUGUGACUGGGCCACUCAUUUAGGACAGUUCUUAUCUCAAGGGUGGCGGCUUGUAGAAAUAUUUCUUGAUAACAGCUUGGUAGUUGGCAAAGCCUUUUCUGGCACAGUUUACAUGAAUGCUGUCUGGAUUUUUGAGAAGCCGAUGUCCAGAGUGAAUGAUCCAACGCCUGUUUACCAGGGAACCUUUAUAGAGCAUUUCGUAACAAUAAAAGGUGGACUGGGUGGCAAAAUUUCCGGUAAUUUUGACUGGGAUCAGAAGAUAAAUGAAAUGGCCAAUAAUGGUUGGGAACUGGCAUGCAUUUUAAAAACUCCCGAACAACGCAUUUGUGGAUUCGCCAAAGCCAAACUUAAGUUCAUAAUUUUUUUUCAAAGAAAAAUUUUAUCCGAAGAAGCAUCCGGUGCCACCGGUGGAUAUGAUAAACCACCUUCUUAUGAUUCUCUCAAAGGAUAAAACAAUUUUCCUUUUAUUAAAGAUGCUUUAUGGAAUCUC